UAUGGUGUUGCGAAUUGGGUCGAUUAUGUCAUGGCGGGUUGGUUAGUUAUAUGUUUUCGCCAGUUGAAUUUAUUGAAAUUGUUUUGAAUUACGCCGUCAAUGAUCUCGUUUUAUUCGUUGUUGUUUGACAUUAAGCUUAUUUAUAUAUUCGUGACCCUCUCCUAAACAAUUCAAAUGCUGAAACAAUUGCAAAUGGGCCUUCGCACGUUUAUGCUUAUCGCAUCUAAAGUAUGGAGUUGUUUUUGUUACAUGUUUAAGAAGCAAUAUCGAGCGUUGGCGCAAUAUCAAUCUGUCAAGUAUGAAAUAUAUCCCCUUUCCCCGGUAUCUAGACACAGGCUGAAUCUGGUCAAAAGGAAAAUGUUGGUACUAGAUCUGGACGAAACAUUAAUCCACUCGCACCACGAUGCGAUGUUGCGGCCGACAGUGAAACCCGGCACUCCGCCGGAUUUCGUGCUCAAAGUCACCAUAGACAAACAUCCAGUGCGGUUCUUUGUGCACAAGAGGCCGCAUGUUGACUAUUUUCUAAAUAUUGUGUCACAGUGGUACGAGCUGGUGGUGUUCACGGCGUCGAUGGAGAUAUAUGGCGCAGCUGUGGCUGAUAAGUUGGACAAUGGCCGGGGUAUACUUAGGAAGAGAUUCUAUAGACAACAUUGCACGGCCGAGCACGGGUCGUACACAAAGAAUUUGUCGUCAAUAUGUGAUGACCUCAACAGGGUGUUCAUACUGGACAAUUCACCCGGCGCUUACCGGGACUUUCCAGACAACGCCAUACCAAUAAAGUCGUGGUUCUCGGACCCGCUGGACGUGGCGCUGCUGAACCUGCUGCCCGUGCUGGACGCGCUGCGGUUCACGCACGACGUGCGCUCCGUGCUGUCCCGCAACCUGCAUCUGCACCGCCUCUGGUAGCACUAUGAGUACCAGCUUUUGUACAAAUAAGGACGCCACAGGUCUCCUAAUCUUAUUUAUUUUUAUUUUCUGUUAGAGCAGCGUAUCUACUAUACAUAUAGAUAUAAAUAGUUAAUAAUUUUUGUACUACCCGCCAAUGUUUAAGAUCCGUUCUAUAAGUCUUCCCUUUGUAAAUAUGCCAACAAACAUUUUCUAUCUUGUUUAUGGGUCGUUCAUACGAGCGUUUCGACCGCCACGGCCGCGAUUUUAUUACAAUACGUAAACUUUCUUGCGAAAACGAUCGUUCCUAAAAUCAAAUAUUAAUAAAACAUUACUACAUUAUUAUAUAAAGUCUGGUAAUCUGUUCUUGUGUUUGUAAAAAUUUGAAAAAUGUAAGGACACUGCGGCUUCGGCGGUCAAAACGCUCGAAGAACGAUCCUUAUAUACCAAAGUGACUCAUAUUUAAUAGUUUUUCAUAGGCCGCCACUAGUUUCCGGUUCCGGAAGGGAAACGUUGCGAGGAAACUUCUUACUGAAUAAUAUCAAGCAAAUAAAUUGUGUUUGUUUAUAAGUUCAUUUGAUAAUAAACAAUGAGAAGUUCUCACUUAUGUAAAUAUCACCGAAUAUUUACAUUAGUGAGAAGUUCUCACUAAUGUAAAUUUUCUGUUUGUUCUCACUGAGAACUAUUACGGUUUCAAACGUUCUUGAUUGUGUUGAGUGUAGAUUGCAUAUUGAGUCGAUGGAUUAUUAUGAAACACAACUGUUAUUAAGAAUUUGUUUGUUCGCUCUGUAAAUAGUUGACCAGGAACUUGGCACGAAGCUCUUAUUUAUUACGGCUGAUGUUUCAGUGUAGUUGCAUCCGUCGUGGUCACAGCUAUACCAGUGGAGUUAGCGUCAAAAUAAAUAAGAUGAUCGUACUAAGAACCAAUAAAGUGAAAAGCUAUUUAACUCUGUGCGCGGAUGGUGUCGCUAUAAUCAUUGCAAUUCUUGCAAAAAUAUAUGGGCCACGAUUAGUUUGUGAUUCGACCGCGCGCAAUAGUUAUGCGAUUGCUUUUUUCUAUCGUAAUAUAAAAAGAUAUAAAAGAUUUGUGGCGGGUAGUAUAGUAUGAUUGUGACGCGUGACGAGGCGUUGUGAGUUACCUACGUUCGUAGGAGUGCGUUACGGACGCAAGUCUAUGCAUAACAGUUCCCUUAGUUUGUAAAGUAAAGUAAAAUGGAGAAAAUUUGCGGUUUAUAAAAAAAAAUUGGGUAACAUAAUUUUACCUUCUUUGUACUUUUUUUUUUUAAUAUUUUCUCUAAAAUGCAAAUAUAUGAACGUUGUGAAAUGAAUAUCCUAUCGAAAAAUCAUAGACAAUAUUAUGAUAGCAAAAGAAUAAAUGAACUGAUGUUAUA